AUGAAUUGGAAUCCAUUGUUAUUGCAAUCAUUAUAUGCCUCUAUCGAAGCAGGCGAUAUAGACUAUGAACUAUUUAAACAAUGUUUACCUGAUCUAGCUAAUUUGAAUCUUAAAGAUAGUUUCCCAAAAAAUCACCAAAGCAGAACUUCAUUAGAAAAAGGAACGUUAGAAAUCAAUGGUACCACUUACAAGUUAAAUAAAGAAUUCAUUUUUGCUGCGAUUAAAAUAUCUGAUGAUUUAAAUCUAGAUGAAUUGGCUAUUACCAAACUUCUAAUUAAUUCGCAAAAUGAUCCACAGAAAUCAAACAAUACGAAUGAUAGCAUUUCAUUAAUAAAUUUGGGAAAAGUACAAUAUUAUUUGUCAAGACAAUACAUCCUGCAGAUCGUAAACUAUAUUGUUAAUUGCUCUACUCCUGGUGAUAAACUAUGGGAUGGAUUACUUUCCACGAAAUCUAACAACCAAAAUUCCAUUGCUACAAAUAUUUUGCUAGCUUUUGAUAAUAUCCACAAGGAAUUAAGAGAAAUUAAAGAAUCUAUCGAUAAAGCAAUGCUUUUAGAUAUUACAAAUACAAUUGUGUUCAAGAAAGAUAUUAAGUUCAGACGUGAUUUCUUAUUGAAAGAAUAUGAUAUUUUGAGUACUACAAUGUUUGGUUUAGUUAACCAUGGAACAUUAUUAAACAAGCAAUUUGUAAUAGAUAUUAUUAAUAACGUUUCAAAACUAGAUGCAAAUGAUUAUUUUAUAGUUUAUCAUAUUCCAUCUAUUAUUCAAGCAUUUGUUAUAUUAGAUGAGAUGAACGAUCAAGACGUGUUAGCAUUGCAUUCAAAAUUCAUACAAGAUUUAACUUCUGAUGGAGAAAUUUAUACAAAGCCGAUUAAAGUAACUAUUAUUUUCCUAUUUUUAUGUUACUUUAUCGGAUGGUGCAAAAAGAAACCGGACAGUAGAGCUGUGAAUAUCGAUUUUAAGACACAAAUUGACGAGCCUAUGAUGAAAGCUGUCUCAUUAGGUGCUCUAGAACAAUUGUUAAUAUUGACAGCUGACACUUCAGAAACUUUAAAAACAGGAUUGUCAAAUAUUUAUUAUGAUAUGAGGGCUUUACUAGAAAGACAUAUACCGAGAUUAGUCCCAGUUCAAUUAUACGAGACGAGCAAUGGUUUACAACAAAAGCAUAUGCUCAAUGCAUUGUCCUCAACAGGUUCAUCAUUGGAUAUAACUUCCACGGGAAGUCCUGUAAUCUCGCUCUCAGAGCAAUCGGAAAGUAUUUUCUUAACGACUUUAAAUAAUGCUAUUCAAACUAUUAUAAGUAAUGGUGCAUUUUUACUGACAAAGAUUAAAGAUGAAGAAGAAGAUUCUCUUUUAUCUGGAGAGGAUUUAAAUUUGGACGAUAUAUCUGUUAAAGCAGAUCUUGAGCGCUUCUUCUUAGCAACCUAUUAUUUCUUUUUUAAUCGUCCGUCCCUAUCAAAGGAAUUUUGGUCAGAUAAUGAAUCUGAUGCAUAUGGAUUCAUUGAGUGGGCAUCAAAAUGUACUGAUAGUUUAAUGAGAUCAUGUUUUUACAUAAUGAUUUCUGGUUUAUCACAUAAUGAAGAGAAUUCUUUAAACAUUUAUCAUUUCUUUAAUAAUGGUAAUACAGUUUCAUGGGCAAUUAUUUCUCAAUGUAUUAGUGAUUACAUAAUUAAGAUCAAUAACCUAACACAAGUUAUAUCACUGAGACAGCAACAAAAUGAAACAGAGGAUGUCGAUCAAACGACUAUAGCCUUAGAGGAGGGUCUUAAUGAAGAAACCAUCAUAUUUUUGUCAUCUUUGUUAUCUUUAAUAGGCUCUGUGGCUAAAGAUAUUAAUUAUGAAUUCAAAGAGAAAAUUUCAGAAAUAUUCAUUGAUAUUUUAUUUGAAUUUGUUAAAGUUGAAACACCCUUAGUGGGUGCUAUCUUUAAGACAAUCAGUCAUCUUGUCCACAGAGAUGAGACCAAAAGAAUCAAAAUUUGGAGAUCAUUAGACACUCUAAUUUUCAGUAACACAUUUACUCUACCAAGUAGCGACUCUUACAAAACGUCAUUUAGUUCAUUAUUGGGUAGCUAUUCGGAGAUAAUGGGAUUUUUAAAUCUGUUCCACAGCUUAACAGAAAAUGAAUCUCUUGCUUCGGAUAACAACUUCUUGACUUUUGGAAAACUUACAUUUCCUGAAAGAUUAGGGCAAGGUUAUAGAAAAGUUGGUGUAUGGCCAUAUUAUGAAUAUAUUUUAAAUGAACUAUUUGUGAACUCAUUCAAAAUGCGAGAUUAUCAAAAAAAAGAACAACUUCAAUUGACCAUACUUAACAUAAUAACUAACGGUUUAAGUUCGUUCGAUUAUUCUGUUAUACUAAAUUCCAAUAUUGCAAAUGUAGAUCUUAACAAACUAGUAAGCACGACUAACUUUUUUAGUUACGUUCAUGAAUCUGCUGCAGUUGUGCUUUUUAAUUACAUUUUUACUGAAAAGAUAUUUACAGGAAUCUAUAAACUGAUGUCAAUAGGUGUUGACAAUUUAAGAAUUGAUAUCGAUGGUGGACAUGAACAAAAAAUGUUGAUCCAAAGUUCUCUACAGAUUGUGAAGAUGAUAUUUAAAUAUCAAGAUACCUAUUUAGAAGAACUCUGUCCAAUCAUUGUUAAGCAACGUAUUGAUAAUUACUUCGUUCCGCGAAGAUUUGGCUCUCAUGGAUUGAAGUCAUUUUUUGAUACAGUGGUUUUUAACUUGUCUGCGAUAGCACACUUAGGUUUAUACAUCGGAUCUGAUGACAAUAAGUUAGCAUCUGAGUCUCUUCAGAUUUUACAGAUAAUAUCCCUCAGAUAUAACAACGAUAACUUUGGCAGUAACAUAAUCCUAACAACUUUUGAUUCUGUCGAUGAAUCUGCUAGAAUUAAAGAAUCGUUUAUUUUUAGAAUAGAUCGACCAAUUGAAACGCUUUCUGAUUUAUCAGUAAAGCUGGGAAUAUUAGAUUACAUUGCUGAUAAUUUAACUUUCAAUGAUCUCCAACCUACAGUAUCUCAUUUAUUGCUUGGAUUUCAAGUCACAAAUAUUAUAUCUAUGGGGCCUGAUCUGAAUACAUUUAUUAGCUCAGGAACAUCUUUACUACAGUCACUGAUAAACUUGCUGAUUUCUGCCCUCAAUGCCUUAUCACCUAAUAACGUAAAUUAUGCUCCUAUGAGACUUGCUUCUCAAAGCAUUGGAAUACUGAUGAAAUUAUGUCGUAACCCACUAACUGCUAAUUUAACAUUAGAUUAUUUAGCUGAGCAGGAAUUAUUUUCCACAUUAUUAUCAAUUGGUCCACAAGUUAGUAAAUAUACACAGUGGAAUGGCAGAAUGUAUGAUAAUAACUCUGCUGAAGAUUGUAAAAUUUUUAUUGAGACCGAGUCAAUAGGUGCCUUACUCUCAUUUUUAUCAUUCAGAGGUUGCUUACUCCAAUAUUUAAGUUUAUCCAUCCAUAGACUUUCCUUUCAUGGAACUCCAUCUCAAACGAAAUUAUUAAUUGAGGAAUUAACUUCGAAUGCUAUGUACUCUGCUGGAAUAUUUUCUUUUCUGGAUUCUAGUAAUUUAGGUAAUUUUCACAAGGAACACGAUCUGAGGCAGAACUUAAAUCAUUUUAAAUUUUUACCUAUUUCAUUGGAGAAUAUUCAGCUGACAAAUUAUCUCGAAGGUAACAUUUAUGAUUUUACAAAUUUAAAUUCCUUAUUGAAUUUAUACACUAGGUCAAAACUUUCAACAAGCCUAAAUUCCACUAACCCAGAACUUGAAAAAGAAAUCAAGAGUGAGUAUUCUAGAGUCAAGCAGUUUGCAACAAAUAAUAUCAGCCACAGCCGUGUGUUAGAGUUAUUAUUAUUGAACGUGCAUACAUGGGUUCAGCUAGUUCAAAUAGUCGUAACCGAUGGAGGUAUGGAAACCUUAACUCGAUCAAACUUCAUUUUACAAGUUUUCAGUACUGUUGUACCAAAAAUCAAUGAUUAUGUCGAAUAUGAUAUAGCUUUUUCGGAAGAACUGGUAUCAUUGUGUGUAUUCUUAUUUGAUAUAUACCACAAGGAUUGCCAGGGUAUUGGCGCCCAAAAUAAAUUUGAUGUCCGCUUAUAUGAAUUAUUUAAGGCUUGUAUUCAUGGUAUCAAUUCUUCGGUGACAUCUCCAUCGUUGAGAUCAGAUUUUUAUGUGUUAGCAAACAAUUACUUAACUGAUAUUUUAAAAGAUGAAUAUAUGGUUAAAAACAUACUACAUGAUCUUCAGAUGAAUAGUAGCAGAUUAAUAGAUAUUAUAUGCAGCGAUGCAGUAUCAGGAGAGGGAACAAACCGUAUAACUAGUAUUUUAUUGCUAGACUCGUUAUUUCAACUCGGAACCCACAAUAAAGAUAAUUUUAUUUUAGAAUCACUUGCAUCAGGUACUCAUCUUCUUCUAUUAAUACUUUCCAUUAAAAAUAUUGAUUCACAUUUCAAAAUAUCGCUUGAUAAUGUAACUCUUUCUUCAUUUUUAUAUGAAUUAACUGUGCUGAAGACUACUGUAAAUAUGCUCACUCGUAUAGCUCAGUACAAAGGAGGUGCUCAAUUAUUGAUUCGCAACAAACUUUUUUCCUCAAUUGAAGAGUGCGAUUACCUAAGUCUAGAUCCUGAUGUAGGCUUGAAUUUGCUUCUUGAAAAUAUUAAUGGCAACAAAAUUAAUACACUAAGUUUUAACGUUACCAGGGAGAAUAUGCUACAAGCUCACGAGGAUCCAAAUAAUAUUUCAUUGCUUGAACUAUAUAUUCCUAUUUUCCAAUUAUUAUCUGCUGUUGUUAUCGUCAUGGGUAGUUCAAAUAAGUCAACUUUACAAAGCGUUAGAGGUUUAUUAAAUAAACACAACAAAUUGUGUUCAAGUAUUUUGAAAAAAAGUACUUUAAUCCAUUCUAGUGUGGAUAAGGACGAUCAAAAUCCAAGUAAAGAGAAUCUAAAAAUUUUGACAAGAUUAAUUGUUAUCCUCUGUAGUUUGACUUCAUAUCAAACAGAUAACAUGUCAAAUAUGUUUGUUGAAAUUAAGUAA